UACGAGCGGUGUCUAGCUCAAAGGCAAGUGCCGCGCUGGGGGCUGCGAUGUCUUGCACAACAGCAUUUGUGUUUUUGAUUUGUUUAGUCUACCUAUCGUGGUGGAAAUAAGAAUAAGUAAAAUUUGCUAUGUUUAGUUUAGUCAGUAAUAGAUAGUAGUAAGCACAACAUGUAUUGAAGUAGUCUUGUUUUCCGCAUUUUAAAAUAUAAAAGUUAAUUCUCGUUUUGAUAUCUUCGUUGUUUAUUUUCAACAAAAUAAUUUCCCUUGGAUUCAGUUCCGCGACAAAACAUUUGGCGACCGUGACAGGACUGUUUUUGGGUUAUUAUUAUUGAAUUAUUGGUUUUUGGGUGUUGUAUUAAAACGAGAAAAAUGGAACCGUUGAAGAAGAAAAGAACUGUGUUAAGAAUUGGUUUUACGAAGGCCCUGAAUUCAUUACAAGUGAUGUUGGACAAUGCAGAAUCUACAAUUGCAAGUUUGAGAGUCGCGUUUUGUACUUUGGAAGAUAAGUUAACCGAUUUAAAUUAUUGUCAAGAUUCUAUAAUUGAGGCCAUAUUAGAGACCGCUACCGAGACUGAGUUACAAAAGGAGUACGAUGAAGCAGAUGAGUACAAGCAUAGGUUUUUAACAGCCAAAUACUUGUUCACCGAACGUACCAUGGGUGAUAGUAAUUUAGUGCAAAAUUUGGUUGAUUGUGCGGUCCCGUCGGGUUCUUCUUCUAACGGUGAAAACAAGAGAUCUUAUAAGUUGCCGUCGAUAGAAAUUGUUAAGUUUAACGGAGACAUUCGUGAGUGGCUGUCUUUUUGGAGUUGUUUCAAGAAAAUCCAUGAGGACAAAAAUAUGUGCAAUGAAGACAAGUUCCAGUAUUUGAAACAAGCGGUUGUGCCGGACUCAAGAGCAGCGGAGUUAGUUAAAAGUUACCCACCAACUGGAAGCAAUUAUGAUAAAGUAAUAAGAAGUUUAAAGAGUAGGUUCGGUCAAGACGAACUUUUGAUUGAAGUUUACGUGCGUGAAUUGUUGCAACUUGUGCUGCAAAAUGCUAUUAAAGGACGUGGUAAUAUUUCACUUGCAAGCUUGUAUGAUAGAUUGGAAUCUCAUUUGAGGGCCCUGGAAACAUUAGGAGUUACCACGGACAAGUGCGCGGCGAUGUUGUACCCGUUAGUAGAAUCUUCCUUGCCGGAGGACUUAUUACGCGCGUGGCAACGCAGUGACGCUGGAAAACACAAUUCGGACGCGGAAGAUGGAAAACCGCGAUCCAAAGACAGACUCACCCGUCUUAUAGAAUUUAUCGAGAGGGAGGUACAAAGUGAGUUGCGAAUUUCGUUGGCGUUACAAGGUUUUAAUUUAGAUACUGGGCACGAAUCUGAUAUUAAGAAAUCUAAGCCGUAUAAAUUUAAUAGAAAUAUUCCGAGCGCGAUGGGUUUGUUAAUGACCAAAGGAAAAGACCACACCUGUAUAUUUUGCGACGCCAAAGAUCACGAGAGUGAGGGUUGCAAUAAAGCUAAAAGAAUGAGUUUAUCGGGUAAACAAGAGUGUGUGAAGAGAGCGCGUGCGUGUUUUAAGUGUCUUAAAAUCGGGCAUGGUUUCAAAACUUGUCGAGUCCGCGUAAAAUGUUCGCGAUGUGAACGAAGACACGUAAAUUUGAUGUGUCCAGAUGAGAAACCAAGAGAACAAAGGGAUGAAAUUGCGAGCGCAGAUACUUCCGCGCCAGUGCGGAAAGAGUUGAAUUGUAUCGCGAGCAUUUCCAAUAACAAAAUGGUGUUCCUGCAAACAUUAAAAGUAAAAAUUUACAGCGAUAAUAGAGAACUGAUUGCGCGCGUGUUGAUUGAUAGUGGAUCACAAAGAUCUUACGUGACGAAAGAUAUAAUCGAAAAAUUGGGUUACCAAUCGGUGGGUGAACAAAGAUUAAGUCAUAUGCUUUUCGGUGGCGGGCAGUCGGAAGUUGUCGCACACAAAGAAUAUCGCGUACGAAUGCAAAGUUUAGAGAGCGAUUUUGCGUGUAAUUUCGUCGCGCUGGACCAAGAGGUCAUUUGUGGUCGUAUAGAACCUAUUGAGAAUAAAAAGUGGCUUCACGAACUAAACGAAUUUAAUAUAAGAUUAACGGAUGUAUGGGACUGUGACGAUCCAAUAUCGAUUCUUAUCGGCGCCGAUGUUGCGGGAAAAAUAUUGACCGGUUGUCGUAAAGAACUGAAGAGUGGUUUAGUAGCGUUCGAAACGUUGUUAGGUUGGACCAUUAUGGGCGCAGUAAGAAAAGAAAAUGUACGGGAAAACUCUACUGUCGCCGCGAUAUCGUUGUACGUUAAAAAUUGCGAUUUGAAAGAUUUGUGGUCUCUAGAUGUGUUAGGUAUAAGAGAUCCUAUGACGUAUAGGACUUUUAAACAACAAGAAGAAGUGAUGUACAGAGAAUUCUUGGAAACCGUUUCUAUCAACAGUGAAAAUCGAUAUGAAGUACAGUUACCAUGGUCGGAAAACCACCCCCCGCUGUCCGACAAUAAAAGUGUUGCUAUUAAACGUCUACAAACUACUACGAAGAAGCUUAGGAUCGAAGGAAGAUAUGAAGCCUACGACGCGGUAUUCAAAGAAUGGUUAGCCGAAGGAAUCAUCGAACGUGUGUUAGACAAGGAGAUGGACAUUUGGGGACACUAUCUACCACACCGUCAUGUUGUUAAGGAACGUAGUACAACUGUAAUUCGACCCGUUUUUGAUGCCUCUGCCAAACAGCCUCCUUCGCCUAGUCUGAACGAAUGCUUACAAAAGGGACCCAAUCUCAUCGAGCAACUGCCUUCUAUUUUAUUGAGAUUCCGGGAAGGUAAUAUAGGUGUAAUAGCAGAUAUUAAAAGAGCUUUCUUACAGAUCAGUAUUGAUCCUAAAGAUCGAAAUUUUCUAAGAUUUUUUUGGUAUGAUGAUCAAAAUAAUUUAAUUGUACUACGUCAUUGUAGGGUUGUAUUUGGUAUAUGUUCCAGCCCAUUUAUGUUAGGCGCAGUAAUUGAAUUACAUUUGAAGGGUAUUCUUGAGUCAUUACAGAAUGACUGUAAAUCGAUUUUUACUCGUAGUAAUAUUGAAAAAUUGUUAAAUGAUUUCUAUGUUGAUAAUUGUGUAACCAGUGUAAACUCGACUACUCAAUUAAAUGAAUUUAUGUAUCAGGCGAGGAAAUCGAUGGAGCUUGCAGGUUUUGAUCUUCGCGGUUGGGAAUAUAAUGGUGAUGUUUCCACAGAGAGUAUCACUCCGGUUUUAGGCAUUAUGUGGGAUAAGAAACGAGAUGUAUUAUCUUUAAAUGUUGAAAAUUUAGAAAAUUUAGAUUUACAGAAAAUAACUAAAAGAGAUAUUUUGUCUUGCGUACAUCGUAUUUUUGAUCCGUUGGGUUUUGUUUGUCCCGUAACACUUGGUCCGCGGAUAUUAUUGCAAGAAGUAUGGGCAAGAAAUCUCACGUGGGAUGACGACGUCGGUACUGAAAUUAAAACUCGCUUUAUAAAAUGGUACGAGGGAAUUAUUGAAUUAAAUAAAGUAGAGAUACCGCGUUGUCUCAUCGGAGGAACGGAUUCGCACGAUGAAAUUAGUUUGCAUACAUUUUGCGAUGCAAGUAAAUCGGCAUACGCGGCUGUUAUUUUUAUUCGCAUAAAAGAUAGUGAAGGAGUCAAAGUUAGAUUCGUACAAGCUAAAUCGCGAGUUUCUCCUAUGAAAAGUAAGGAAAAUGUACGUAAUAGUAUACCACGUUUAGAAUUAUUGGCGGCAAACGUUGGAGCGAGAUUGGCUGACGCUACGACAAGAAUGUUAAAUACAAAAUUUGUAAAUCUUCAUUUUUGGUCAGAUUCAUCGACGGUAAUAGCGUGGAUACAUCGUGAACACAACUGGAGUACAUUUGUUCAUAAUCGUGUAAAAGAAAUCCGCGAAAUCUCAGAUCCUAAAUCUUGGCGGCAUGUUCCGGGUAAUUUGAAUCCCGCUGACCUUCCUUCGAGAGGGUGUACUGUAGAGCGUUUAUUAUCAUCGCAUUGGUGGGAUGGGCCGGAAUGGUUAUAUAGAGAUUCUGAGGAUUGGCCGAAUAGUAACGUCGAUCUAUUGUAUAAUGAGGAAGAAAUACAAUCUGAAUUGAAAAAGAGUGCAAAGCAUGGCAACAGUAGUUGUUUAGUUGCAAUAUCAGCUGAGCCUAAAUUAUUAAAAGUUUUGGAAAAGUUUUCGAAUUAUUCUAAGGUUUUACGUAUAGUUGCAUGGAUAAAAAGAUUUAUAAACAAUUGUAGGAAUAGUUCAGGUAAAUUACAUGAAGACAGUCUAGGCUGUGCGGAAAUUAUGGCCGCAGAGAAAAGCGUAUUAAAAAUGUGCCAAGAAAAUUUAACAGAUUUUGAGAAUAGAACCAAUAAACAGUUUAUGUUAUUUACGGAUGAAGAUGGUUUAGUUCGCGUAAAAACAAAAAUUGUACUCAGAGAAGAUUCGUUUAAUUUCAAGUGUCCAUAUAUUCUACCCAAUAAUAUUAGUAUCAUUACUUUGAUUGUAAGAGACAAACAUGAGAAUUUAAAUCAUGCUGGUGUACAGAUUACAUUAAAUUCAUUAAGAGAGAAGUACUGGAUAUUAGGGGGUAGGCGAAUAAUUAGAUCCGUAAUUAGAAAAUGUGUAGUAUGUCGUCGUUAUGAGGCCCAGCCUUUAAAAUCGGUUCCGGCACCACUACCAUUAAAUCGCGUUAGGGACGCGGCGAUAUUUGAGGUGAUUGGUAUAGACUUUGCCGGGCCAGUAUAUCUCGAAAGCGCGAAAAAGGCUUGGAUAUGCAUUUUCACAUGUGCAGUUUUUAGAGCUGUGCACUUGGAGUUAGUAAAUUCAUUAAAUGUAGCGGCAGUACUCAUGGCACUUAGACGAUUUAUAGCUAGAAGGGGCAGGCCCAGCAUUAUCUACAGCGAUAACGGUACAAAUUUCAAGGGGCUUAAUAACGAAUUAACCAAAUUAGACUACAAAAAGUUAGGAAGUACCGUUGCACUACAAAAAAUAGAAUGGCGAUUUAAUCCUCCCACUGCGGCGUGGUGGGGAGGAUUUUGGGAGCGCCUUAUAGGAAUUCUGAAAAAAUUAUUACGUCGGACCCUUAGAAGAACAAGUCUGGAUUAUGAGGAAAUGUCAACUGUUUUAGUCGAUUGUGAGGCUAUAAUUAAUUCAAGACCGAUAACAUUUAUGUCAGAUGUUGAGACUGAGUUCAAACCAUUGGCUCCAUCGGAUUUCUUACAGGAAAUAAAAGAGAUAGGGGUUUUGGACUUAGAUAUUAUUGAAACAAAUAAAAUAAAUAAAAGGUUUUUCCGUUAGAAUUAAAUUAUGACAGUGUUAACAAUUGCGUGAAAAACUCUGUGCAAGAGGAACAAGACAUAUCGGAAAAUAAAGUCCAAUGUAUCAAAUCAAUUGAAGGUAAUAAAGAGAAUCCAGUUGAAUGUAAAGAACCCUAUGUAACUAAGACUGGCAGAAAGGUUAAGAAAGUCGAACGAUUAAUGUAUUUUAAUUAGUCACUAGUGUUAGUUACGUUUAUUAUUAAUGUUUUUUUGUUUUUUGAGAUAAAUAAUGCGUUUUAUCUCAAGGUGGGGAGGAUGUUGAAUUUGUAAGGAUUUAGUUGUUUUUUUGCAUGUUUUGUCAUGUCUGUUUGAUACGAGCGGUGUCUAGCUCAAAGGCAAGUGCCGCGCUGGGGGCUGCGAUGUCUUGCACAACAGCAUUUGUGUUUUUGAUUUGUUUAGUCUACCUAUCGUGGUGGAAAUAAGAAUAAGUAAAAUUUGCUAUGUUUAGUUUAGUCAGUAAUAGAUAGUAGUAAGCACAACAUGUAUUGAAGUAGUCUUGUUUUCCGCAUUUUAAAAUAUAAAAGUUAAUUCUC